AUGCAGAUUGGUUGGCCUUGAUGGGGAGAUCCUUUUUUCUAUUUCAGUUUUUCUACCCCAAAACUGUAACAUAUAUUCAACUUAACCAAAACUUGUCUCAAAGUUACUCCCUCUCUUCUCCAAACAUGAAAAAAAUGGAUCUUUUCUGUGCUUCUCCAGCUUCCACAGCCAUCUGCUCUAGCGUGGACCAUCGUUCCAUGGUCCGCCGUGGACAUAGGCCGAUUGAUCGCCAAAAUUCUAAGCCUUAUGCACCUUGUUCAUCCCAGUUGCCUAUAAUUCCUAGGCCUUACCAUGAAAAGAGUAGAAAGAGCUCUGUUAAGCCAAGUGAUGUACGUCGAAAAAGCUCUGCUGAUAUUCAUGAUCUAUAUAGUCCUCCUGGUUCCUCUAGAUAUCUUCUAAGUGAUAGACCCUUUAUUGAUGGGUUAUCAGAGUCUGAUCGUGUCUCAGCAUUGGUUCCUUCUCAGCCUGCAAAGCCUAAGCAUGUAAGCUCCAACGAUUCUCCUGCUUUAAAGUCUUCUUCAUCUGCUCGGUCUCAUGACCAGGUGGUGGUUUUGAGGGUGUCAAUCCAUUGCAAAGGAUGUGAAGGAAAAGUAAGAAAACAUAUCUCGAAAAUGGAAGGAGUGACAUCAUUCAGUAUAGAUUUGGCCACGAAGAAAGUGACAGUAAUUGGGGAUGUAACUCCCUCAAGCGUGCUAGCAAGCUUGUCCAAGGUGAAGAGUGCUCAGCUCUGGCCAUCGACAGCAGCACCUCCAUCUUCCUCAAUGGUGAAAAUGAAUUACUGAUUGAGAAAAACACUAGGGUUUUCUUUCUUUCUUUUACGACAUAUCAGCAGUUUGAGUGUUUUUCCCUGUCUAGAUGCAUGCUUAGAUACUAAUCAACAUUUGAAAUGUAAUGUAAAUUAAUCAAAUGUAAGCUUUUUUUGGGGAUUGUUGUCAUAACCCUUUGUUUUUGUAGAGGCAAAGCUAAAGAGGAAGUUUGAUGCCCUUGCGCUUUCUGAUCAGGC